AUGCCUCCCAAGAAGGCGGUUGUCGAGGAGAAGAUUCCUCUGGGCAGGCCCGGCAACAACUUGAAGAGUGGCAUUGUCGGUCUCGCCAACGUCGGCAAAUCUACCCUCUUCCAAGCCAUCACAAAGUGCAAUCUUGGCAACCCAGCUAACUUUCCCUACGCCACAAUCGAGCCCGAAGAAGCUCGCGUCAUUGUGCCCGAUGAGCGAUUCGACUGGCUGGUUGAGAAAUACAAGCCCAAGUCUGUCGUUCCCGCCAACUUGACCGUCUACGAUAUUGCCGGUCUGACUCGCGGUUCUUCCACCGGAGCUGGUCUCGGAAACUCUUUCCUUUCCCACAUCCGUGCUGUCGAUGCCAUCUUCCAAGUUGUUCGAUGCUUCGACGACGCUGAGAUUAUCCACGUCGAGGGUGAUGUCAACCCCACUCGUGAUCUGGACAUUAUCAGCGAGGAGCUGAGACUCAAGGAUAUUGAGUUUGUGGAGAAGGCUCUUGAGAACCAGAAGAAGAAGACCCGCAUGGGUGGCCAGAGUCUUGAGCUGAAAAAGGCUAAGAUUGAGCAGGAGAUGAUUGAGAAGGUCCUGGCCUGGCUUCAGGACGGCAAGGAGGUCCGCAAGGGCAACUGGACCCCCAAGGAGAUUGAGGUCAUCAACCCUCUCUUCCUGCUGACGGCCAAGCCCGUUGUCUACCUCGUCAACUUGUCUGAGAAGGACUACAUCAGAAAGAAGAACAAGUACCUCCCCAAGGUCGCCGAGUGGAUCAAAGAGCACGCCGAGGGCGACCCUAUCAUCCCCAUCUCAGUCUCAUUCGAGGAGCGUCUGACCCGCUACGAGACCGAGGAGGAGGCCAAGGAGGAGCAGAAGAAGGUUGGUGCCGAGUCUGCCCUGCCCAAGCUGAUUGUGCAGAUGCGCAAGGCGCUCCAGCUGGGCAGCUUCUUCACAACGGGAACCGAUGAGGUCCGCCAGUGGACCAUCCGCACCGGCACCAAGGCUCCCCAGGCUGCUGGUGUCAUCCACACCGACUUUGAGAAGACGUUUAUCCAGGCCAUCGUCUACAACUAUAGCGUCCUCAAGGAGCUUGGUGACGAAGCCGAGGUCAAGGCCAAGGGUAAGGUCAUGACCAAGGGUAAGGAAUACGUAGUGGAGGAUGGUGACAUUCUGCUCAUCAAGGCCGGUGCUGCCAAGAGCUAG